CUACAUAUUUGUCUCCGGACUAAAUAUGGAGAUUUCAAACAAUACUGCCGCAUCGUGAAAUCUCCCAACCCACCACCACUUCCCAGCCUGAAAGCACCACCAGAAAUGGCCGUUCUUCACCAGAAACACCACCUCUUCUUCAUUAUCCUUCUCCUAUCUCUCCUCCUUCCCACUUAUGCAAGAUUAAAACUUGACCAUUCAGACCUCAAAGCCUUCUCAAUCAUCCAGAAAGACUUGGGUAUCGACGGUCAACGCAGCUCCUCCUCUACACCAUGCAACAUCCCUGGGGUGUUUUGUGAGAGGAGGCUCUCUCCCAACGGCACCUAUGUGCUCAAAAUCACAAGACUCGUCUUUAAGUCUCAACGGCUCACCGGGUUCUUGUCCCCGGCAAUUGGACGGCUGUCCGAGCUCAAAGAGCUCUCAUUAACCAACAACCAACUGGUUGACCAGCUCCCUGCUCAAAUAGUCAACUGCAAGAAACUAGAGAUUCUUGAGCUUGGAAACAACAAGUUUUCAGGUGAAGUUCCCUCUGAAUUAUCAUCAAUUGUUAGUCUUCGAGUUCUUGAUCUCUCUAGGAAUUUAUUUUCUGGGAAUUUGAGUUUCUUAAAGCAUUUCCCCAACCUGGAAAAUCUCUCUCUUGCAAAUAAUCUCUUCACUGGAAAAGUUCCAAAGUCUAUCCGUUCGUUUCGCAAUCUCCAGUCCUUCGACUUCUCAGGGAACAGUUUUCUUGAAGGACCUGUGCCAGUGAUAAGAAAAGGUGAAUCCUCAAGGCCCCAAUACCCAAAACGUUAUAUUUUGGCGGAGAACACGUCAAGUACAAAAUCAAGGAAUACUUCUUCUGGAAGCAAAAAUUACAACCUAGCUCCAGCUCCUGCACCAUCAGCAGCAGCGCCACACAAGCACAAGAACGGCAAAAGGAAGCUUGCCGGUUGGCUCCUUGGAUUUCUUGCCGGGUCAGUAGCUGGGUGUUUAUCUGGGCUUGUGUUUUCAUUAUUGUUUAAGAUAGUAUUGGCAGCAGUAAAAGGCGGAGGGAGAGAUGGAGGGCCUGCAAUAUUUAGUCCAAUGAUCAAGAGAGCAGAGGAUUUAGCUUUCUUGGAAAAAGAUGAUGGGCUUGCAAACUUGGAAGUCAUUGGGAAAGGUGGAUGUGGAGAAGUUUACAAAGCUGAGCUGCCAGGAAGUAAUGGCAAAAUGAUUGCCAUAAAAAAGAUUAUUCAGCCUCCAAAAGAUGCUGCCGAGUUGACUGAAGAAGAUAGUAAGCUUCUACACAAGAAAAUGAGACAAAUCCAGUCAGAGAUCAAUACCGUCGGCCACAUUCGGCAUCGAAACCUUCUUCCUCUUCUAGCUCAUGUGUCUCGUCCUGAUUGUCAUUAUCUUGUCUAUGAAUUAAUGAAAAACGGAAGUCUACAAGAUGCGUUGAACCAAGUUACUGAAGGGAGAAGAGAAUUGGACUGGUUAGCUCGCCACAGAAUUGCAGUAGGAGUAGCAUCGGGACUUGAGUACCUUCACUUGAGCCAUAGUCCACGGAUCAUUCAUAGAGAUCUCAAGCCUGCAAAUGUACUUCUCGACGACAGCAUGGAAGCUAGAAUUGCCGAUUUUGGACUUGCAAAAGCAAUGCCAGAUGCCAAAACACAUAUCACAACUUCUAAUGUUGCAGGAACAGUGGGGUACAUAGCACCAGAGUACCACCAAACGCUCAAAUUUACAGACAAGUGUGACAUAUACAGUUUUGGAGUGGUGCUUGGGGUAUUGGUGAUGGGAAAGCUUCCAUCUGAUGAGUUUUUUCAAAACACUCGUGAAAUGAGUUUGGUUAAGUGGAUGAGAAAUAUAAUGACUUCGGAGAAUCCAAGACAAGCUAUUGAUCCAAAGCUGAUGGGCAAUGGGCUAGAGGAGCAAAUGCUGCUGGUUCUGAAAAUUGCUUGCUUCUGCACUAUUGAUGACCCAAAACAGAGGCCAGAUAGUAAGGAUGUUAGGUGCAUGUUGUCACAAAUCAAACACUAGUUGAGCAUGGAAGGCAAGGAUGUGUAAGAAAUCAAGAAUAAUGCGGUUUAAUUAUAUGUUUCGAACUUGUGUUAAGAAUUAUCAACAAGUUUAUAUACAAGGAAGCCUGUAAAAUGUUUUUCCAUCU